ACGAUGCGGAAGUUAUUGCUCCAAAACACCGACAGGUUGCAGCGUAGCAAAGAUGUCUCAUGUCGCAAAGAGACGAAAAUUAGAUAAAACUCGUCAAGACAGACUUUAUUUUGAGAGUUAUUCCGAUGUAACAAUCCACGAGGAGAUGAUAGCGGAUCAUGUGCGCACCAACACGUACCGUACGGCUAUCCUAAGGAACAGUGAGUGCAUUCGGGGCAAAGUGGUGCUGGACGUGGGUGCCGGGACCGGAGUUUUAAGUGUGUUCUGUGUCCAGGCAGGAGCUAAGAAAGUGUACGCAGUGGAAGCAUGUUCUAUCGCUGAGCAAGCUGUUAAAAUUAUCAAAGCCAACAACAUGGAGGAGAAGAUCCAGGUAGUUCGUGGCACCGUGGAGACUGUGCAGCUGCCUGAGAAGGUUGACGUCAUCGUGAGCGAGUGGAUGGGCUACGCCCUCCUGCACGAGUCCAUGCUCAAUUCAGUGCUGUACGCGCGCGACACGUGGUUGAGGCAGCCGGGUGGACUGAUCCUGCCAUCGAAGGCUGAGCUGUACAUCGCCCCGGUCAGCGACCCGGUGCUGCAGGACCGCCUGCACUUCUGGUUCACUGUCAAAGACCGCUACGGUGUGGACAUGUCCUGUGUGUCUGACUUCGCCCAGAAGUGCCUGAUGAACUCUGACAUCACAGUGAACUCUGUGACCGUGGAGGAUGUGCUGUCCCACCCAUCCCGCUUUUCUGAGAUCGACCUGUACUCUGUGAGUGCUGAGCAACUGCGCUCGGUGCACGGCCCGUUUCGGUGCUCUUCGUUCGGUUCAGCUGCCGUGAACGCCUUCUGCGUUUGGUUCACGGUGACGUUCUCCUGCCCGGACAAGCCGCAGCAGCUGGUGCUGUCCACGUCCCCGUUCAGACCUGAGACCCACUGGAAGCAGGCGCUGCUGUACCUGGACGCUCCGGUGGACGUGGUGCAGGACACGCCGGUCACUGGCGAGGUUCGAAUGUACCCGUCAGAGGAAAGCGACAGACAUGUCUGCAUCCAUGUGGACUACACCAUAGGAGAGGACAAAAGACGGUCCAAAACAUUUUCCAUCCCUGACUGGAGUUCUGACAGCCAGCAGUGAAUCACAGCUUGACUCAAAUCCAGUCACAGCGGGAAUUAUUCAUCACAAAACUGACUUAUACCCGACAAAGAGCUUGGAUUCUGACAGACCACCUUGUAUCUCUGUUUUACAUCAGGAUACUGAUGGUUUCAUGUCAACAUCUUCAGAGUCCUGCAGUGCUACAAAUGCGCAUGUCUGAAGGAUCUGACUAUAAGUGAAAUUAAGACCUGAAAAGGCUUGUUUCAGGUUGCUGUGACACAUGUCACAGAGGUCAGUGUUUGAGACAGGCUUACUGAACCAGUCUGAGCAACUCUCUGUUGGCAGAGGAGGUGUGGCCAGUAGCAGCACCUUCCUGUUUAAAGCAGCAUACACAGAAACAGGCCAUUUGUUAGUUUUACAGCUGCACUAAUUCAGUUACUGUCUUAUUUCUGGCUACAAAAUUUGAUUUCUGUUUAAGACCAGUGCGAUCUGAGCUGAAAAGAGUCAUAGCUUGACUCCUUAUGCCAUUUAUCCAGGAAAAAUGCAAAUUUAGGCAUGAUCCAAUUUGGGCAUUAUUAUUAGUAUUAUUUUUUAACUUUGAGAUUCAACUCAUUUUACAAGCAGUAUUAUAUAAUGUUUUAACUACUGCAAUCUUGUUGUCAAUUGGUUUAAACCAGAUGUGCUUUUAGUUGUUGGCUUUAAAUGAUUCUGGAUUAAUACCAUCUGCACCCAUCUCUUACAGUUGGUUUGCAAAUAUGCAUUUGACAGUUUCCUUAUUCGGAUUCAGUAUACAACAUUUCUGAUUAUUUUACAACAUUUCUAAUUAUUUUCUGACAAUAAUGUUUUUCAUUUUAAGUGUAGUUUUAAAUGCAGUUUUCACCAGAUAUUUUGUAGGCUAUUGAAUGCAAUCUGGGCUAUGCUGAUACAGGUGCUUUAAAAAAAUUACAACAUGUAUAUUGUGUGGAUUCAAGUCAGACUGCUUUGUUUGACACUGGAUGGGCUAAUAAAUUGACUUGAACUUCA